UUUCAAAGUUUCAUUCGUAAGAUCUGCGAAGGUAGACGGAACAUCAUCAAAAAUGCCUGACGUACCAGCUGGAGAUAUUGAGAAGGGAAAGAAGAUCUUUGUCCAGAAGUGUGCUCAGUGUCACACAGUAGAGGCUGGCGGUAAACACAAAACAGGACCCAAUCUUAACGGAUUGUUUGGCAGAAAGACUGGUCAGGCAGUUGGCUUCAAUUAUACAGAGGCAAACAAAAACAAAGGAAUCACGUGGGGCAAGGACACAAUCUUUGAAUACUUAGCCAACCCCAAGAAAUACAUCCCUGGAACAAAGAUGGUGUUUGCUGGAAUCAAGAAGCCCCAAGAAAGAGGCCAUCUUAUUGCCUACCUGGAAGAUGCUACAAAAUAACCGCGGCACUCAAUAGGAUUCUAAAUUAUUUGUCUUUUUUUUCACUUCAGGCAUUUGAGAUUUGUGAUUUGGUACAUGUCAGUUAUUUAAAAAAAAGGACAUGUUUACAUGAAAUAAUUUUUUUACUUCAAAGAAAUAGUGUGUAAAGGAAAAUAAAUGUGCCAUGUAUUGUACAUGUAAAACUAUCUUCAAAACAACCUUUGACACUUCCAGUUAAGUAUCUGUUUAAUUUUUGUGAAGUUAAUAGUCACAAAGUUAAACCCGUCUCGGAAAUGUUUUGAAUUAGGCUAGAAUAAAAGGGGGAUAUGUAAUUGGUGGUACCUGGUUGCCCCAGGAUGGGCAGCUACUCCCAUUGCUGAAUGUCAUACAUUUUAAUUGUAACAAUUUUAACAGUCUUGUAUAUGUAUAGUUAACAACAAAUUUGUGUUUUAAUAAAAAGUUGACUUUGAAA